AUGCAGAUAAAGGUUCGUUUUUUUGUCAUUUUCUUGAUCUUAUCUCAAAUUUCAGGUCUUUCUCUCAGUUCUGCUAGUCCUGAUCGGUCUUUUUUCGACGAAUGAAGCUCAAAGGAUCUCGAAGAAUGAGAUCAAAAGACUUCCUCAUCCUCCUUGCAGGGAAACAAAGGACUGCGAAGGCGGUGUUACUGUUGUUUGCCUGUUUGAAAAAUGUAUACCUCUAGAUCUUGGAAAGUAAUAAAAAGUUUUGGUUUGUGGCGGCUUAGCUCAGCUGGUAGAGACUUAUUUCAAACUCGUGCAAAGUUGGAAUGGAUAAUGGUCGCUAAAAGGGAGUUGCUCAAAAAAGGCGGCAGAAAGGCAGCAAAAAGAGUCCCUUCCUCAAACCUUCCAUUUUUUUGGGAUUUUAAAAGGCUUAAGAAAUGGUGAAAAAGGAAGAGGCAGCAAAAAUGGUGCAUAUGGGCUGAGAAAGUGACGCAAAAAUGCAGUAAAAAGGGAGCCUUCAUCACCCUUAAAGGAACAUUUCUAUAGAGCCUUCCAGCAGCCUUAAUGACCCUCGCAGGGCCCCUCGGACUUUGCUUAUGCAACGGAUUUCGUAAUUACUAUGAUCUGUGAUAAGAAAUUUUAUAACGAAAGUCGAAGAAUGAGCGCUUUUUGCAUUUUUUCUGCCUUUUUCUUUGAAAUAUUGAAAUUUUUUAAAUUUUGAGCAAGUUUGAGAAGUUUAAAAUCUCAAUAGCUGAAUUUCGAUUGUAUUAGUUUUAUUAUAGUCUGCAUGCCACAACUUGAAAUUUCACCGAACGACAUUCCGCUGUUCCGCUGCGUCAAGCGUCUUUGCGAGCCUCGAUUCGCUUUGAAUUGGUUCUUAUUUCUAAUAGAUGGACUGUUUCACUAGGAACACAUGUUUUUCGAGUUCUUGAAUAAAAUGAAAAGUUAAAGCGUGCAAAGGCGCGCAGCGGAACAGCGGAAUGUCGUUCGAUGAAAUUUCAAGUCGUGGCACACAGACUAUACUUCAAUUUAAUUUUCGAAAAAGUACCAAACAUGAAACAAAAAACAUGGAAAAGAGGCAUAAUUUUUGGGCUUACUUCACUUUUUUAAACUGAAAAAGAUUCUUUCAAAUAUUUGCUCAGGCAAAGUUGGAAUGGUGAAUAAUGGCCGUUAAAAGAGAGAGGCUCGAAAAAGGUCGCACAAAAGGAGCAAAAAGGCUGCAGAAAGGCAGCAAAAAGGGUACCACUAUCAAGCCUUCCAUUUUCCUGGGAUUUUAGAGGCUCGAGAAAUGGUGGAGAAAGGGAGAGACAGCAGUAUGGGCUAUGAAAAAAGCGCAAAAAUCACCUUAAAAGGAACAUUUUUUUUGGACCUUUAUGGCUUUGCAACGUCCGCGAGGUCGUAGGUUCGAGUCCCCCCGAGGUCGACCAAGCCUUUCAUCCCUCCAGGUAGAUAAAAUUGGGAGCUGCAUGCAAUGAAAAGCUCAAUCUCUGGCAUCGGCCUUUGGAAAACCGGCACCGUACUUCUCCCUACGACCUCUCGUGUACCUGAUGUUCUACGAGCGAAAUUCACAACUUCUCAGCUUGAGUCACAGCUCCUGCCGCAACACAGUUAACUCAAUGAAAGUCGAUUGCACAUGUAUUCUUACAUUGAAGAUGCAAUAAACAACAAAUCCAGCUAGUUUUCACACAAGAAACGAGAAUCGCCUUACAGAACUGGGCACAUCAAAAAUUGCAGGUCAUUUGAAAUUUCCGAACAGACAUAAACUAAAAACUUGGAUGAGCUAUAAAAAUAAUGUAACUGAAAGAAUUUCCUAUUUAUAAUCCUCAUAAUUCGCUUAAAACUACAAAUGAUGAAAAAAACCCUUUUAACCCAAUUUCAAAACUUCAUGAUCAACAAAUUUCUUUCUGCGAACAUAUUUCUUCUUCUGAACGAAUAAUUCGAUUUGAUUAUAUUUUGGGAUCCGUAGAAGCAUGAAAAGUGGUAAAACAUCCAAAAAAGACGGUUAAAAACCAGGAAAAUGCACUGACUUUUCCAUUGCAAUUUUUUCAAACUUCGAAGCUCCAUUUCAAGAUUUUUCUUUCACUUCUAGCCAUCCUCAUCAGUCCUCUUUCGCCGAUCAGAAAAAAAGAAAAAAACCUUAUUUUUUUUUGGUAAAUUAAUAUUAUUAGCACAGUUCUCCCCUAAUUUCCACACUGAAAAUUAUGAAAUGGUUUUUUUUUUCGAAAGACGUUCGGAUUAUAAAUUUUCAAAUAGAGACCCAGCAAGGUCAACCGCGCGUAAGUCGUUUCACGGUCGGUCGAUCCACAAGACAGUUAAUUUUAUUUUUAUGAGUCACGGAACGAUUCUUUGAUUUGUUCAUUUGAAGUCCCAAGUCAAUUAGAUUUUAAAUUUCGGAGAAAAAAACAAAUAAGAUUUAUAUAGUAAAAAUGGUGGCAAUUUUUUAAAAUCGAGCUUUAAAAUAGUUUUCUUUAGGAUAUGCUUGCCAGUAAGACCACCUAAAAUUUUAAUGAUCAAAAAAAAACCUUCCAAGCAUAAAGGGGAAGAUACUACCUCUGUGGUUGAAAAUUAAUUUUAAUUCCAAUUUUAAAAUAUUUUUUUUAGUCCAUCCCUUCUCUAGGAUUUAUAGAGCUCUAUAAAAAAUUCCAAAACUUUCUCAUCAACAAAAUCGCUCCUUGGGAAGAUUAUUCUCAUUCUCAUCGAACAAUUUGAAGUCGAAAAUUGUUUCUUGAGACCCUAAAAGGAAUAAAUAAUCUUAAAAACGUCGAAAGUUCAGUUCCAAACUGGAAAAAAUGUUGCUGAAGGUCGGUUUUUUUUUUUCUAGCUUUUGAUUCAAAUAAAAUCAUCUUCAGAUUUUCCUUCCACUUUUAGUGAUCCUUAUCGGCCUUCUAACGCCAGUUGGAGCUGAAUUCUCUAAAAAACCGUCGGUGGCAAGAAAAUGUUUGUUUGAAUUUUCCAUAUUCUCUUGAAUCUACUUUACAGAUUACAUGUUUUACGAGUGCAGAAGUGACAAAGAUUGCGCGAGAAAGUGCAAGAAGAACGGCUAUUGCGAGGAGAUGACCUGGGUACCAGGAUAA